GCAGCCGCAGCAACAGCACUAACAAAAACAACAACAACUACAGCAGCAGCAACAGCACCAACAACAACUACAACAGCAGCAGCAGCAGCGGCGGGGGCAGCAGGGAAGCCUCGCCGUCCCGGCAGCUGACUGCGAGGAGCGGACGACCGAGGACGAGGGAGACGUUUUCGUCCGCCCGUCCGUCCCUCCGCGGCGGAGGAAGCGGAGGGCCAGGAGCGACCCCGCGGCGGCGGCGGGACGCGUCGGGAACCGGGAUCUCCCCCACCCGGAGCCGGGGGAGAUCCCGGCUCCGGGUGGGUCGACGGACAGAACGGCCGCCGGGCCCCUGCCUGCUGGGCGUGCGCGAAGACCUCGAAGACAGAACUAUCGUGCUCGGGACCGGAGUCGACGUUGACAUGCGAAUCCUCCUCCACCGCCGACGACGACCACGACGAGGACGACAUCGAAGGGAACAAUGGGGUCGUGGAGUAUGACCCGGGGGUUGACCCCGCGGCCUCCUUCCCCGACUCGUUGGGCUUUAUAGCAACUGCUCGAACACUCUACCGUGAAUGGCGAGAGUACGGCUGCACCCUGUCUGAGUUCGACAGACUGAAACAUUUGGCAUUAAAGGUGAAGAGGAGGCGGGGACGGUCUUCUUGAACGCCCCCCCCCCCAACCCCCCGGUGGCCGCCGAACCAACCAACAUCUGGAGCGAUGGCUGCCAGGGGCAAGAACGGCAAGACUCGAAGCCUCUCUUUUUUCACGAUAAAUACCACUCGGCUCGCUGGUACGUCGGAGCCAGGCGGAAACGUCGCAGCUUGAGCAAACUUUUUCGUGAGAUGUAAAUGCUUUCGCGCGAGGGCAUUCGGCCGCAUCGUGCUAACGCACCGCACUGCCGGUUGUAACGUUGACAUUUAAACGGUGCGCAGGGCAAACUACUGAUUGGUUACUCGAGGGUUCAAGUCCGGUGCUCCCCACCGAGAAGCCCAACUUGGUCACCCACGCCGGCGAUUCUUCGCACCAUGCGAUGCGUUGUUGGACCCAGAACUGUCUUCUGUCUUCUUGGUGUUGUUGUUGUGAGUUUAUUGGUGACGCUGGCUGCGCCCCAUUGCCACAGCAGAAGGGAGGUGUGGGAGAUGGGGCACCGAAGUCUAUGGUCGACCGCAAGAGAAUGCCGAUUCCAGGUGAAGUGGCAAAGGAUAUCUCUAUGCCUGAUGAACUGCCUGGUAUCAAGUUUCAGCGGGAGGCGAUGAAGGAAAACCUCUACCUGGAGAAUGGCGUCACUGAAGGUGACGGUGAUGAUGGUGGCGGUAAUGGUGAUGAAGGCUGAGGCUCAAGCUACUUCAAAUGCUCCUAUUACUGAAUUCGUUCCAGUUACUACAAAUGCUUCACUUACUACAAAUAAUGCCACAUUCUCUCCACAUAUCGUGACAACGGUCGCUCAACCUGCAACUAUAGCCAUCAUCACCUACACGUUUAAUCUCACCCGACCUCCUGGAGCCAGUUACUCAGAUGCGUGUGAACCCGACCCAACGAUUAUAGCCAUCAUCGCCUACAAGUUUAAUCUCAUCCGACCUCCUGGAGCCAGCUACUCAGAUGCGUGUGAACCCUACCCAACGACUAUAGCCAUCAUCACCUACAAGUUUAAUCUCACCCGACCUCUUGGAGCCAGCUACUCAGAUGCGUGUGAACCCUACCCAACGGAUACCACAGUCCCUCAGAAUACAACCUCCUCGCCGAGCUCUGCCCUGGGAAUCGGCGUGGGAGUCGGGGUGGGAGCCGGGGCUCUGCUCAUCCUCGUCAUCACGCUCGGCGUCUGCUACUGGAAGCGACGCAAUGAGCCCCUCGCCCUACAGAAGGGUCCAAACGCCUCUGCUACAGAGGAUCGCUUACGAUACAUGCAAGGUCCAGGAGUCCAGGGCCAACUGCCGGUGCCGGUUGGACGGCCUGGUAUGAAGUUGCAGCAGGAGGUGCAUGAACUGCCUGGUAUAAGGUUUCAGCGGGAGGCGAUGAAGGGUAAUGCAGAUGAAAUCUACGAAGAGCUGGACGAUGAGGGCAGAGCCCACAAGAAGGAUCGUUGCUACCAAAACUUCAAGGCUCAGGUUCAGCACUCGCCGUCGCCCUACGAAUGCCCGGACUCGCAGUUGGACAGCGACACCACCAAGCCAGGGGUGGAGAGCCCGUACGUGGAUCUUACCGUUCAGUGAGCUGUGAGGCGUGAGGAGGAGGUGUGAGGAGGAGCAGGGCGGUUGAGGAGUAAGAAGGGAGAAGAGCUACAGAUUCACAAAGAGACACACAGACUCGUUACAGAGACCCAUAGACUAAUCACACAGACCUACAGACUCGCCAUACAGAGACCCACAGACUCACCACAGAGACCCACAUACUCACCACG